CCCCCCUCCGCAGAGUGUCUGCGUCGACCGACCGUGGAACUGUAGGCGACUGACGUGCUCCUCCGAAAUGUUGUAACUCAUGGAUGUAUAAUAUCGUUCUAUGUUGUAACUACGCUUCGAAACGACGCAGACAGCAAGGGAAAGGGACGCAGACAAUAAGGGCAGUGAUUGGUCCUCUGUACCACCGCUCGACAUACAUUUCCGGUACUCUGCUUUCCCGCUUCAUUUUGUUUACACGAACACCAUUUUUAAAUCCUCCUCUAAAGAUAAUGGAUGAACUAGAGGUACGUUUGAUCGAAGAAGUGAGAAAAUAUGAUCACCUCUACAAUUCCUCUUCCAAAAGCUACAAAGACAGCCAAAUGUCAAAUCAUUCAUGGAGGGAGAUCGGCUUAAACCUCGGGGUGGACUCUGUUGAAUGUAUGAAGAGGUGGAAGAACCUGCGGGACAAAUUUGUCCGCUAUCGCAGAAAAAUUGGAUCCGGGAGCGGGGAUCCAGGUGGGAAAAAGGUCCCUGUGUUCUAUACCUUCAUGUCCUGGCUGGAGCCACACGUGAAACAUCGUGACACGGAGUUUAUGCCGCCAUCACCCCUAGCCCCCGCCUCACCUGCUUCUCCUGCGCCAGCCAAACCAAACAAACGGAAGCGCAUGGACCUCAGUGAUGUGCCGGUCAGGAAGCACUUGGACCGACUUAAUGAACGUCGGCAAGAGCUGCAACAGAGACUGGCGAAUGACAGCGAUGAGUGCUCCAGGUUUGGGGCAACGGUUGCGGACAUGAUGAGGAGGGUGCCGGAGGCCAGGAGGGCCGAUCUCAUGUUCGAAAUCCUCACCAAACUCCAUGAAAACAGGGAAUGAAAUCACUAACUAACAUUGAUACAAUUCACUGACUUGCUUGAAAGUUGUUAAUAUUUGUUUUUUUUUUUGUUUGUUUGUUUAUUUGAUUAAUUAUUGUUGUUGGCUAAUGCUGUAUUUACUCAAUUUUGCGGUGCAAUAUUUGUAUGUUUACAUGUUGCAGCUUCUUUGCUAUGACACAUUGGACAAUAAAAUAAAACAGUUUGGAAACAA